AUUUAACGACGAAUCAAUUCUGUUCCAUUGCCGAUGAAGACGUUCAACUUGGUCGCACGUACAUCAAAUCGUAAGCAAACAUCAUGAGCAACUUCAAAUUAUUCACUGCAUCGUUGGCGGCGUUCUGCGUGUGCGGCGCUCUGGCCGCGCCGGCCGGGCAACCGGUGCCGAUCCUGAAACAGGUGAACCGGCAGAACGAAGACGGUUCGUACAGCUACGGGUACGAGAAUGCGGACGGUACGUACAAGAUCGAGACCAAGUACCCAACGGGCGAGGUGUACGGCAAGUACGGAUACGUGGACGAGACGGGCAAGCUGCGGACGGUCGAGUACGGCGCGUCUGCCAGGGGCUUCGAGCCGGUUGGCACCGACAUCACCGUGCCGCCUCCGGUGCUGGGCGGUGACUCUAACGACCUACGCACGGACCCCAGGCCACAGUCCUCCUCCUCGUCUUCGUCAACGUCUCAGGACGAUUACGACGAUGGCCAGUACCGUGAGGAUCCCAGCGUGUACUACAGAUCGGAACAGCCGCAAAGGGCCCCGCUUCAGGCCCCGGUAAUGAGGCAGCAGCCGCAGCAGCAGCAGCAAUGGUUCUCCGCCGGUCUGCAGAAAGCCCGCCCCGACUCCAGGCAGUACCAGGCCCAUCCGUCCGUGCACAACUUCGACCCCGCGUCCGGAUCGUUCUCCAUCUCGUACACAGGAUAGAAUCGAAUCGCGAGGGGGAGAUCGUGGUGCAUUAGUGUAGCGUAGCGCGUUACGAUCGUAAAACUGUACUAUUUUUUUUUUCAUUUUUUUUUCAAUUAUUAUUAUUAGUGUUAUUUUUUAUAUUAAACCAAUAAAACAUA